AGCGGAAGUCCCGCUAGCUGCGCUGAGCCGGGUAGGUGAGUUGUUGGUGUUGGUGUGGCUCGGGCGCACGUGGAGCUGCGGAGUGCGAGUGGGUGCUGAGCGCAGUAUCCGCGGCGAGGUUCCCCUCUGCCAGUUCCGCAGGCCUCGGGCUAUCUUGCGCUUCCGGUUAGGUCCUGGUCGGGCGUGCUGCGGGAUGGACACUCCUCCGCUCUCAGGCUCAGACUCGGAUUCUGAUGAUUCUCUUGUCACGGACAGAGAGUUGCAGGAUGCAUUUUCCCGCGGACUCCUGAAGCCAGGCCUCAAUGUCGUGCUAGAGGGGCCAAAGAAGACUGUGAAUGACGUGAAUGGCUUGAAACAGUGUUUGGCUGAAUUCAAGCGGGACCUGGAAUGGGUUGAAAGACUCGAUGUGACCCUGGGUCCGGUGCCAGAAAUCAGUGACCCUCAGCCUACACCUCAGAACAAAGAGCAGAAAGCUGUUAAUCCAGAAGACGAUUUCCAGCGGGAAAUGAGUUUCUACCGCCAGGCCCAGGCUGCUGUGCUUGCAGUGUUACCCCGCCUCCAUCAGCUCAAAGUCCCUACCAAGCGACCAACCGAUUAUUUUGCCGAAAUGGCUAAGUCCGAUCAACAGAUGCAAAAGAUUCGACAGAAGCUGCAGACCAAACAGGCUGCGAUGGAGAAGUCUGAAAAAGCUAAACAACUGCGAGCACUUAGGAAGUAUGGAAAGAAGGUGCAAACAGAAGUUCUUCAGAAGAGACAGCGAGAGAAAACGCAUAUGAUGAAUGCCAUUAAGAAAUAUCAGAAAGGCUUCUCUGAUAAACUGGAUUUCCUUGAGGGGGAUCAGAAAUCCGUCCCACAGGGCACAAAGGCAGGAGCUAAAAGCCAGCAGAUGAAGAAAGGGCCCAGUGCUAAACGACGAUACAAAAACCAGAAGUUUGGUUUUGGUGGAAAGAAGAAAGGCUCCAAGUGGAACACUCGUGAGAGCCAUGACGAUGUGUCCAGUUUCCGGGCCAAGACAGCUCAUGGCAAGGGUCCCAAGAGGCCUGGAAAGAAAGGAUCAAAUAAGAGACCUGGAAAACGAACAAGAGAGAAGAUGAAGAGCAGGACCCGCUGAGCAGCAUCUUUUUAUACAAAGAAGAAAAAGGGAUGAAGCCUUGGAAUUUCAAAGUACAUUGGUUUCUUUUUGUUAAAAAAAAAAAAGAAAAAGAAAAAUUAUCAAUUAAAUGUAUACCCUUGGUUAAAA